GAAUUAAUAAUUUAUCGUUUGUUUCAGGGGACAUUACUCAAAAAGGAUACGAGAAAAAGAAGACGCGACUGCUAUCUCCCUACGUGCCUAAACAAAAUUCAACCGGAAGCGGUGGUGGAAACGAUGCAGGAAACGGAAACGGUGGCGGCGGCGGUGCCGGAAGCGGCGGCAAACAGCAGCACACCAGGAGGCGCACGCAGCGCCGCGUCACUCACAACGAGAAAAGAUAUCAUUCAGAUGUGGGUGACGGGCUGCCCAAGGAUGACAGGACCGGAGCUAGCCCUGGAUCCAGGGCCUUGCGCAGGGGUAACCGACGGUUGACCCGCAACGAAAGUCGCUAUCAUUCGGAAGUGCGUCAGGAGGCCGUGCAACAGGCGCUAGCGCAAGCAAUGAACAGACACAAGCCGUCGAUGCCGAUGCCGUCCAAACGCACCUCCGUCAUGGCCAGGAGUCCCGACCGGGACCGACAAGACUCAGAAUCUUCCUCGGACGAGGACAGCAUCGUAAAUGAGGAGACGAUCGAGGGCACGCCCGAACGCGAAAAGGUCCAGAAGGACAGAAGCACCCCGCAAAUGUUUCCGCCGCCGCCGCUUUCGGACACCAGCAGCACCGGAUCGCCGCCCCCGCUACAUCACCGCCCCCGGUUGCCGCAACCGACCAACUGGGACCACAGGAUCAGACAGGACAUCACGGAGAUCACGGAUGUCAUGCAAAAUUUCAGACCAUAUUCUCAACCGCCAGAUGUAACAAAUAACACUGCACAAGGCACCAGGAGGGCAGCUGCAGACAGGGUGAAUAGAUAUACUUCUUCAGCUUCAGAAGAUGGGACGAUGGGCACCGGAACUGGCAGAUGGAAGGUGUCAGCAAAAAUACAACAACUUCUCAACACGUUGAAAAGGCCUAAACGACGCCCUCUGCCGGAAUUCUACGAAGAUGACGACAUUGAGUUGGAGAUUGCUGCCAAUCCUAAAGACCCAAAUGCACCUAAACCAGAAGGUGGCUCCAUGAGUCCAGCUGUAGGCGAACAACUAACAAUCCCAUCAGGUCUGCCUAGAAGCCUAGAAUCCGCCAUCACUAGGUACGGUAACGGAACCUACAAAGCCCCCGUGGCCACGGUUUUGGACCCCAACGGAAAACUAACCACCACCCUCACCUACGGCAAACUUUUGAGCCGUUCGCACAAAAUAGCGUAUGCUCUGUUAACGAAACAGUUCAGCAAAAACGGCGACACGAGUCUGAAGUCCGGCGACAGAGUGGCUCUGGUGUAUCCGAACAACGACCCGAUCAACUUCCUGUGUGCUUUCUACGGCUGUUUGCACGCCGGCUUGGUGCCAGUGCCCAUCGAAGUACCGAUCACUAGACGCGAUGCUGGAUCAUUGCAAAUAGGGUUUUUACUGGGCAGCUGCACGGUGCAGGUAGCUCUAACUUCCGAAGCCUGUUUGAAGGGCCUCCCCAAAACAACGUCCGGCGAAGUAAUACAGUUCAAAGGGUGGCCCAAGUUGACUUGGUUCGUCACCGAGCAUUUAGGCAAGACCCCGAAGGACUGGACUCCUACGCCUCGGUUAACCGACGAAACGCCCGCUUACGUCGAGUACAGCACCGAUCGAGAUGGCUCCGUGAUGGGCGUGACAAUAACAAGGGCGGCCAUGGUGCAACACUGCCGCAUGCUGACGAUGUCCUGCAGCUACACUGAGGGCGAGAAUAUGGUUUGCGUUUUGGACUUCAAACGCGAAGUGGGCUUGUGGCAUUCAGUAUUAUCGAGCGUUCUUAACGGCAUGCACGUCAUCUACAUACCCUAUGCUUUGAUGAAGGUGAACCCCGCCAGCUGGAUGCAGAUGAUCACCAAGUACAGAGCUUGCUGCGCUAUUGUUAAAUCCAGGGAUCUUCACUGGGGCUUACUCGCCACUAAAGAUCACAAAGAUAUAAACCUGUCAUCGCUAAGAAUGUUGCUAGUGGCCGACGGGGCCAACCCAUGGUCGCUAAGCUCGUGCGAUCAGUUUUUAUCAGUAUUUCAACCGAAAGGACUCAAAGCCGACGCGAUAUGUCCUUGCGCCAGCUCCAGCGAAGUUCUCACCGUGUCCGUAAGGAGGCCUGGCCGUGCCGGCGUGAACGCGACCGGUCGCGGCGUGCUGUCCAUGCAAGGCCUCAGCUACGGAGUGGUCAGGGUGGAUCAAGAGAACAGCUUGACGUCACUCACAUUGCAAGACUGUGGGCAGGUCAUGCCCGGCUGUGUGAUCGUAGUUGUUAGGAUGGAAGGACCUGCGUAUCUGUGCAAGACCGACGAGGUUGGCGAGAUAUGCGUGAACUCGGGCGCCACGGGCACUCAGUAUUGGGGCCUGCAAGGCCUCAGUAACACCACUUUUAAAGUGCAACCGCUUGGAAACGACGGAAAGCCCAUUUCCGACGCGGAGUACACCAGAUCGGGACUUUUAGGGUUUUUGGGCCCUGGUGGUCUCGUUUUUAUAUGCGGAUCCAGAGACGGUCUGAUGACUGUCACGGGGCGCAAACACAAUGCCGACGAUAUAAUCGCCACCGUUUUGGCCGUGGAACCCAUGAAAUUUAUAUAUAGAGGCAGAAUAGCUGUUUUUAGUAAUAGAGUUCUAAGGGACGAGAGGAUUUGUGUUAUUGCAGAACAACGACCCGAUUGCAGUGAAGAAGAGUCAUUCCAAUGGAUGUCAAGGGUUCUGCAAGCAGUCGAUUCGAUUCACCAAGUAGGAAUAUACUGUUUAGCUUUAGUACCUCCCAACUACCUCCCCAAAACGCCCCUGGGAGGAAUUCAUCUGACAGAGACCAAGAGACGUUUCUUGGAGGGUACUUUGCACCCAGCCAACGUGCUUAUGUGUCCACACACCUGCGUCACAAACCUACCGAAACCCAGAGAAGUGCACUCAGCAACCGACUGUGUUUCAGACGUGGGGCCAGCGUCUGUUAUCGUUGGCAAUCUUGUCCAAGGUAACAGACUUGCCAGUGCGCAGGGCAGAGAAAUCGGCGGAUUCCUCGAUGAGGAUGAAUCCUCCAAAAAGCAACAGUUUAUAUCGGAAAUUCUCCGCUGGAGAGCCCAAGGAACAUCAGACCAUGUCCUCUUCACGCUUCUGAACAGCAAAGGAACUGCAGCUAAAGUCUUAACUUGCUUGGAACUGCACAAGAAGGCAGAAAGGAUAGCGAAUCUUCUAACAGAAAAGGGCAAAGUAAAACCUGGCGAUCAUGUAGCGUUGAUUUUUCCGCCCGGUUUGGAUUUGAUUUGCGCCUUCUACGGAUGUUUGUACGUCGGAGCGGUUCCCGUCACAAUCCGCCCUCCGCAUCCGCAAAAUUUACAGACCACUCUACCAACAGUCAGGAUGAUCGUGGACGUGUCGAAGUCCGUUUUGGUUCUGUCAACGCAGGCUGUGAUGAAACUGAUCAGAUCGAAGGAGGCGAGCCACAUAGGGAUCUCGAAACCGUGGCCGAACAUUUUGGAUACCGACGACAUUCCGAAGAAAAAGCUGCCGGCGGCUUACCGAGCACCAACGGCCGAGAUGUUGGCUUAUUUGGACUUCAGUGUUUCUACCACUGGAAUGUUGGCCGGGAUCAAGAUGUCACACGCUGCCGUUACGAAUUUGUGCAAGAGCAUGAAGUUGGCUUGCGAGUUGUAUCCCAGCAGGCAUAUUGCUCUUUGCUUGGAUCCUUACUGUGGACUAGGAUUUGCACUCUGGUGUCUCAGCAGCAUAUACUCUGGCCACCACUCGAUCCUUAUCCCACCAUCAGAAGUGGAAGUAAACCCUGGCCUCUGGCUGACCGCUGUAAGCCAAUACAAAGUCCGCGACACAUUCUGCUCGUACGGCGUCAUGGAACUUUGCACCAAAGGCUUGGGAUCAUCGGUAAACCAACUGAAAUCUAGAGGCGUCAACUUGGGCUGCGUGAGAACCUGCGUAGUCGUAGCCGAAGAAAGGCCACGUAUAAAUUUGACCACGAGUUUUUCGAAGUUGUUUAGCGCUUUGGGUUUGAGCCCCAGAGCAGUGUCAACAUCGUUUGGAUGCAGAGUUAACGUGACGAUUUGCUUGCAAGGAGCUUCGAGUCCCGAACCGUCCACAGUGUACGUGGACCUGAGAGCCCUGCGAAACGACAGAGUUAGUUUGGUGGAAAGGGGCAGCCCGCACAGUCUCUGCGUUAUGGAAAGCGGCAAGUUGCUGCCCGGAGUGAAAGUGAUCAUAGCCAAUCCCGAAUCCAAGGGCCAAUGCGGGGAUUCGCAUUUAGGCGAGAUCUGGGUGCAAAGCGGCCACAGCGCCAGCGGCUAUUUCACGAUAUACGGCGAUGAGAGCGAAUACGGCGACCACUUCAACGCGCGGUUAGUAACGGGAAACACGGGAGAAGUAUACGCAAGGACCGGGUAUCUAGGAUUUUUGAGGAGGACGGAAGGAACCGAACGUAAUUGUGCCAAUGAUGAAUCCACUUUGAGUAGGGAAAGUGAUAAUGAGUCUGUCGGUUCUUCUCAUCAUCUGGUGCCCACCGAUUCGCCUGAAUUGCACGAUGCUGUCUUCGUGGUCGGGGCUCUAGAUGAAACGAUCAUGCUUCGAGGAAUGAGGUAUCAUCCUAUCGACAUUGAAAACAGUGUUUUGAGAUGCCACAAGAAAAUUGCUGAAUGUGCUGUAUUUACUUGGACCAAUCUGUUAGUGGUAGUUGUCGAGUUGGACGGAAACGAAAGCGAAGCUCUGGACUUGGUCCCCUUAGUCACAAACACCGUGCUAGAGGAACACCACCUGAUUGUAGGCGUUGUAGUUGUCGUUGAUCCUGGCGUUGUUCCGAUCAAUUCCAGAGGAGAGAAGCAACGCAUGCACCUGCGCGACGGAUUUCUGGCCGACCAAUUGGACCCCAUUUAUGUUGCUUACAAUAUGUAAGGUGGUUGUUGAUUUCCAGAUUCUAUCUCGAUGUUUAUACACGCGUUUAUUGGCGGCAGGUCCGAAAAAGAACUUGCCCAGGUAACACUUGUAUUUUGGAAGUUUUUUCUAUUAGGUUUUAACACAAAUUGCAAUAUCUAAGAAAAUACUAUUAUACAGAAAAAAGUUAAAAACAAAAAGUAUGAAGAAUUCAAUUCUCUACAAUUUUUACAAUAAUUAUUUUUCUUCUAAAAUUGCUAGAUAUUAAAAAAAAAAUUUAUGAGAUUUCUAGUAAUUUUAAAACAAAAGUUUAAUAUAAAAUUAAAUUCUCAAUAUAUUUUCUUUUUAGCAUUUUUUUGUAGGACUUUAGUUAUUAAAAACUAACUUUACUGGAUAUGUAUUUAUUUAUUUGCUUAAAAUCGUGUUUAAAAGCUAAAGAAUAAACUUCUUUAAUAAAAAGAAGGUUAUUUGAAAAGUAAUGUUUGGACCCACCGUAAUAUUGGCGGUCAUUUUGUGCUGUAUUUGCCAAUUUAAUUUAUUCUGAGGGAUAGUUUUUUUGACUUGGAUUUGAGCUGGAUCAAUUUAAAUAUGGCAAACUUGUUAUGAAAUGGGAUCUUAUUAUUUACAACUUUUGUAUGAAAAUUAAAGAAGAAAAAAACAAUUUGUUGUAAGCAUAUCUGCCAUGAAUACGUGAUUUUCAGUUAGAGUUUUAGUAAUAUAUUUUAGAUUAAAAUUUGUAUAAAAUUUGGCUCAAAUUUGUUAAAGUCUUCACAUUUUCAUGUAAUACAGUGGCGAUUUGUAGAUGUAAAACGCCUACAUGGCUCUAAUGUAUAGUUUAUGUAAUUUGUAGAUUGUACAGUUUUUAGUGAAUUUUUUGCUAUUCUGUGCAAUACUUAUGUAUUUCUUCUACUUUGUGAUUUUAAUUUAUGAUUUUUGAAACACUUUUAAUUCUAAUUUAUUUCUUGUUAAAAUGUUUUCUUAAAACUAAAAGAGUUUUUUUAUUCUUUAAGACUUUGGUUUAAUAAAGUGAUUCUUUUGUGUAAAUAAAGCUACACUAUUUUUUGUUCGUUAUAUUAAUGCUAAUCAAAAACAACAUUUAAUUAAUCUUACGUAUUUUAAAUUUUUAAGUAAAUGAUAAUAAAAAUAGUGUUAUUUAUACUAAACUGUGUAAUGUAAGCAUAUAGUACUCUAGUCUGAAUAAAACUAUUGGCUGCUCGAUUUUGUACGUUCACAUUAUUAAGCACUUGGUUGUGUUUGCCCUCUUUACUUAUUUAAAGUUUUUUUACGUUUUACAGCUUUGUCAUCACUUUUAUUAUUUAGAUAAUUUAAUUUAAUCCAAUUUUUUAUUAUAUGUGGGCAAUUUUUAAUGCUCAAUUAGUAUUUAUAAAAAUAUGCUUUUUUGCAUUAGUUUGCACAAAUCUCUGUUUUUGCAGAGUGUGACAAUAGUUAAUUUUAUGUACAUAUUAAUGUAGUAUUUUAACGUUAGUGACUUUGUAUUUCAUUUACUUUUGUUAUAGUACUAUACAAAUCUACGUACAAUGUGGACACAGUUGCAAAUAAUUAAUAAAUGUA